AUGGGUCUCUUGUUUCCCGUCAUCUGCGCCGCUCCGCUGAGCAAAGAGACCUUAAAUCGUUUCAUUGAGGAAAAUGAAGUUGACGCCGAGGGGAGAUUUGUGUUCGUGGACACCCUUGACGACUAUUACUCUGAGGCAUCAGAGGCACCAACGGAAGUUGACAGCAACCCAAAUUCCUCAUUCAUCCACAAGACGCCUCAAGAAUGUUACGAACUGCUCUUGAAGCUUCGCGAGGAUACCGAGUCGGAAACAAUAACACACUAUUUUGCCAUCAUGGACGAGAGAUCAACCCAAGACGAUACUGUACUGCUCGUGUGCGCAUCUGUGGACCUUGACGCGGAGAACGAACUCACCAUACAGACUAUUCGCGCCUCCUUCCAGGCUUCGGUUUUCGCGCUGAUGCUAUAUGAAACAGGGCACAGCAGUGUAGGGGAGGAUGAGGAACGUGCUGAGCGUGCAGGCGACACUGUCUACCGUGGAUAG